AGCUAUACAUUCCCAUUCCUUCUCACUGUCUGAGACCUCGUACUUGGACUCCAAAGUGGUGUGUGGCUGUGUAUAUCCAUAUCUCGUUAGACAAGUCUCAUCAUCCAGGGCCAGAUCCUCUCAUAUAGAAUGCUCUUCCUCGACCAUUCAUCACCACGUCCUGAUAUGGUGUCACAGGACGCGUGGUUCAUGGAGAACACGCAGCUGUUCUCACCGACGGUGUCGCACUACUCACCGUCUCCACAGUCACAGUCGUACCAACACCAGUACCCACAUUCACUGCCACAGUCACCUCUCAGCACAAGCCAUCAGCACCAUCAGCUUCACCACGGCACAGUCACCAGCUCGUACCACCAGAGCCCGACUGCCCAUAGACAGAGCAAGCGAGUACAGAAACGGAAGCGUGAUGAUGAUGGUGGUGUGACGAAGAAGCUGAGACACGCGGUUACUGCUGAGGAUGAGCCAGGAUCUCAAGAGCCAGUGCGCUGUGAUUGGCCAAUCUUCCAGCUACCACAAGGCGGCGUGGUUCAACAGAGUCCCUUCGGCAUGAUUAAGGUGAUUAAGGAGGGAAAGAGUGAAAAGGCAACGCUGGACAACGAUAUAAACUUGAGCACCUUUGCGCCUGCGCCCGAGGAGAAGCAGGUAAGGGAAAGCGUGCCGAUGAUUCCUUCACCUUCUCCAUCAGUAGAGGUUGAAUCCUACAUGAUAGAAGGGUACAGAGAGAUCAACAGGAGCUAUCACUUACACGAGGAGAAUAUAGUGAAUGUGAACUAUUCCCUGUAUGAUCAUUCUCACGAGGAUGCUGACAUCGAUUGCGACUGGGAAAUGUAAAACUGUUACUAUAAAACUGGAAGGGAAGG